CAUAACCUUAAACAAGUUCUGUCACAACUUGUCUCAUGUUGCAUUACAUAGUACUUGUAUCAAAAAUUUGAAAAUUGAAUUGAAGGCAUUUUAAUAAAUAUAAGAAAAGCUUGUCCUGCAUAAUUCAGAGUUGAAAAGAAUGUGAUUUUACAAUUUUAAAUAAAAAAGUGAUACUAUGAGUGAAGCGAGUGAUUCGAGUGACAUCGAAACGUUUGAUAAACAAGACGAUAAAGAUACAGAUUUUAACGUAGAUGAUUAUCGCCAUGAAAUUGACAGCGAUGAUUCUUUUACCGAAUUAUCGGAAAAUAAUGUUAACCUAGAGAUAAAUAAAUCUCGGGAUGCCAAAUAUGUAGGUCCAGUAAUUUCUGGACAUAGAUUUGACAAGAAGCUGAUAUGUAUUAAAUAUCCAGGAAAUGUAGUUAAUACCGAUAAAGCUAUUGAAACACUGGGUGGCCUUAGUUCUAUUUCUAUGACUGUAGAUGCUCCUAAUAGAAGACUAGAACUGCGAUUUAGACCUGAUGACGGUUAUAGCAAGCCUACUUGUGGGGAUAGACACAGUACCAUCGGUUUUUUACUUAGAGUUCGAAUAAAGAAAAAUAAAACAACACAAGCAGAAGAUGUUGCAACAGAGAAUACAAAAAUUAUGGAUAGUACAAACGUUAAAGCUACUACAUCCUGUGUUGGCGAAGAAAAUCUUGAUGCAACUCAUUUGAAAGAACAACCUAAAAAUACAUCAGAUACAAAAAAGGACAAUCAUGAAGACAAUGCUGACGUUAAUAAUUUAAUAGAUCAGAUACACAACUGCAAUGUUGGUUCUAAACAUUCCAUUACUGGAGAUGCUGCAGAAAAAAAUUGUGCUACGAGUAAUACCAAAAAUUUAUGCGAUACGAGUACUGGUGAAAGUCUUUCAAGAAAAAAAACCACAUCGUUUACUUUCAACGAUAAUAAAUAUGAAAAUUUGUCACAAGAUGCGGAUUAUGAACUACCAAGUUUGAAAAUACUAGGAAGAGUUGACACAGAAUUCAAAUUUACCAAUUUAUGCGAUUUUCAGUACGCACCAAUGACGCAGAGCAAAUUGAAUCCAAAAAAGUUAGAAUGUAUAUACAGCUCGAUUUAUCCAACCGGCAUUCCAUCUUACUCCUGGCUAAAGAAUGACGUACCUUAUUUUUUACCACCAGCCGCAUUUAGUAGAAUGGACACCAUACAGCAAUAUAUACCGAAAACUGAAAUAGAUUCCAACUCGGAGAAUAUACUCGGUAAAAAUAAAAAAACAAGUCAAGCAGGUUUUCCCAGUUAUAUAUACUUCUCGACACCGGAAGUGCCCUCUGCGGCACCGAGAGGUAUUGAAACGGCUAUGAAAGUGAAGUUCCUUCAAAACGCGCACUUGGAACAGGUGCGCCAACUUUUCGAAGAGCGUCCGAUCUGGUCGAAAAAUGCCAUCAUGUACAAAACACAAUUCACGUCCGAACAGUUAAAGAUAUUGUUGCCGUCAGUGGCGUAUUACUUCAUGACUGGACCGUGGAGGGUCAUGUGGGUGAAACUGGGCUACGAUCCCAGAAAAGAUACUAACGCGAGGAAGUAUCAGACGCUGGAUUACAGAUUGAAAGCUAUGCAUGGAUUAGGCUCGACUGUCAGAUGCAAAAGAAAUUAUUCCAAUUAUACAUUGCCAUAUAAAUCAGCACCGGUUUCUAAGCAAAAACCCGCGAUACUCAGCGCUAAUCUGAGCCAGGAACAAAAUCCGAAGAAGGAGCGACAUUUGCAUGAGAAUGUGUAUAUAUACCGAGAGGGCAUGGUACCUCCUUCUCGACAAAUGUUCUAUCAGUAUUGCGACGUUUUAGUAGGUGAAAUACAAGAGAUGUUGGCAAAGCUUCCCGAUCCUCUACCUGGUAUAAGGUGUCACGAGAAAAGAGGAUGGCUGCCAACUGAUUUUGACGUACAGUGCAGAGAAAUUCUAAACAAACAAGUGCGCGCUGUUCUGAGAAAAAGAAUGAACAUUCCUGAGGAUCAUCCAACAUCACUUCCACGGAAACGGAAACAUGGCAUUAAAUUAAAGAUUAAUAAAACGAUUAAUAAAAGAACGAAGAAGAAAUGAAGCGAGUUCUACAGAGAUUCAGUCGGAUGUUACUCCUAUUUCAACGUUGGCAACAGAAUGCGAUGUUAAAAGAUAAUCGUAGCUUGAACACGAUCGGAAAACAAUACAUAUUUUUGCUUGA